AAUCACAAGGGAAAAUCUAAUCCACACAAAUUUACGAGGACGAGGGGAUGUACGGAAAAGCCUCUGUUCUUUCCCAAAGUCCCCAAAUUCAAGCAGAUUCAAAGCUCAAUGGCCAUGGCUUGUUCACUGAAUCCAUCUCUCUCCUGCCAUUCUAAUCCCCUCAGCUUCGCCUUUCCUAAUACCCACAGAACCCCUUUCCUCGGCUUCCCCGAGUCUGCCUCCUUCAGAGGGAAGCAUCGCCAUUGCCAUGUGAAAUCGGGCAGAUCAAGAAUCAGAGCAGCUGUUGGUGAGAAGGACCAGAGCUACACCGCUGCUCCAGUUCUUGUUCAAGAACAGCUCAGCCCGGAAGUCGUGGAGAGCAUAAAGGUGCUGAAGAAUGCGGCGAAGACGAGAAAGGUUGCGUCGGAGGAGAUCCUCCCAGCUCUCUCAGUGAUCGAGAAGGCAAAGAUUGAUCCUUCGCCUUUUCUCGAGACUCUUGGUGGAACGAAAACUCCGGGGAAGACAUGGAUGCUUAUAUACACCGCCGAGAAAAAGCUUGAGCAAGGUCGGUACUUUCCGUUGACGGCGGUUCAGAGGUUUGAUUCUGCUGGAAAGAGGAUUGAAAACGGAGUAUAUCUUGGUUCUCUCGGGUUUUUGACAUUUGAAGGCAGGUUUUCAUGGAAGAAGAGGAUACUCGCCUUCAUCUUUGAGAGAAUCCGCAUAAAAGUCGGACCUUUCAACCCGCUAGAGAUCGGUCUCGGGCAAAAGGAUGAUAGAGAACCAAGCACAAAGGAUCCUUUCUUUAUCUGGUUCUAUGUUGAUGAGGAAAUAGCAGUUGCUCAGGGGAGAAGCGGGGGGACCGCCUUCUGGUGCCGGUGCCGUCGCGUGGCAAAUAAUCCUUGAACAUCCCACUGCGUCGCUGUUUGAACACCCACAAACUGUAUUUUCCUGGCCUGUCCAUUCUCAUUGCUGUCCACAGUUGGGUAUAUAGCAUGGUAAACAUCGAAUAGUAUGUACAUUCUUAAGAAUCUAACUACGUUUGUAUGUGCUCCGCCAUUCGGAGUUCGUGAUUCAUUUUCAGUUUUACUCUUUUGCAUUACAUUAAACUAGGGGAAACAAUUUAGGCUUCUUUUGAAGUUUCUAUGACAAUAACUUUUGUUAAGGAGCAGGUUCUUAUAUGGCACCUUAGUACGUCGUCGAGAGAAACUAUGAAGAUGUCCGUAUCUAGGGAUCAAGAAUU